UCAAUCAGCUGUGUUUUGAAUUCCACAAGUAAAUAAACAAGUUCCAAGCAAUCCGCGCUGUCCGCUGCUAUCUGUGAUGUGAAAUAAUGAAAGAUAUUUGUCGCUAAUAUGAGGAAGCCAAUGCUGAACUUUAUUAAACAUGUCAACCAUCAAAAAAGCAAAAUCUAAAAAGCCAUCAGAGAAAAACAAAGCAUGGGAAAAGGACCGACGCGACCGACUCAAUAGAACAUUUGAGGACCUCGCCAAGUUGCUGCCGCAAUACGACCCAACUGUGACUUGGAGCAAAAAUGAAAUCAUCCAAAAGUCGAUCGCGUACAUCAAAGAGUUGCAUGAAAAGCACGAAAAAAUGCUUGAAACUCAUGACCCAAAGGCGCUCAGCGAUUACAAGGAACUCCUGGACACCCUCAGAUUCUUCAAAUCACGCAACAGUCAACUCGCGGAUCUCCUUACCAAAGCGAAAAUCAGUAUUCCUCCUGCGAAGUUCCCCAAACUUUUAACGGAAAACAAUCUUCUUCCUGAUAACCCCAGUUCGGAGUUCAGGCUUCGACCGGUUGGACGUCCAAAGAAGUAUUCGAACUUGGUUGUCUGCAAUGGGAAUUGCAAUAAGGCCCAGUCGCAAGAAAAUAAGGAAAAUGGGAAUGUAAAUGAGGCAAAGAAGGAGGAUGGGGAUCAGAAACAGCCUGGCCCAGUGGAAGUUGAUGUUUCUGUUACGAAGUCAAACGAAACAGCCCUCAAUGUUUCGACUACGACGGCUGCGACUGCUGCUGUCACGAAAACUACGAAUGCUGUGAUAUCGAUGGGAGUCCUUCUGCCUCUGAUACCAUGUCAACCAACAUCGCAAGCCAGCCAAACUUUGCAGCCACCUGUGAUUGCCAGCCAACCGUUGCAGUCAACAUUGCCUGUCAAUAUGGUCCAGAAAGUGGUUGUCCCCCCGAAAUGUAACAUUUCAGCUAUUCAGAACUUGCCGCGGCUGAACUGCCUCCCUCAGAAGCUGGCAAAAGACAAAGAUGGCAAAGUAAAGAUCUUGCCGUAUCCCGUUCUGAAGGUACACGUCCCUCGAACGGACAAUAAAGUACCAAUUCCAGCUCUCAAACGUGAGAAGGUACCAGUGAAAAAGAAAUUUAGAAGAAGAAGAAAAAUGGUUGCGCCAGAAUCCACAGGGAAGGGUCGGAAGAGGAAAUUAUCUAAGUCGGUUGAUUGCUCGCGUGGCGAAAGAAAUGCGAAGGUGCCUAAAACUGAGGAGAAAGGGGAGUCUGGUACGAAAGAGAAAACGGUUGAGAUUCCUCAAGCAAAUGCAGAAAACAACGACCAGAAACGCAUCGAACAAAACCAAGAGACGAUCACGAAAACUGAGGAGCAAGUGUCAAUGCCGGAAAAUGAUUUGCCAGAAGAAUAUUUUACGGCGCUCCAAAUACCUGAUGCAAAUUCAAAUUCUACUUCAGUUUCGCCGACAGCAGCUUUCUUGCUUUCAUUUCCUGUAGUCAACGCUAGUGGUGGAGGCAAAACCGUCGGUGCAGCAGAAGAAGGUGCUGAGGAUAACCAACACGAAAAAGGAGACAACCAUCAUUUGAGUGAGGGGUUAGAGAAUCUUAACAAUUUUUUCAGCACGAAAGAAUAUUUCAAAUACUGUGGGCAAGGUACGAGCGGACCAGAUAAGAUUGAGGAUGAGAAGGAAUCGUCUGGUGAGAGUGCAUCCAAGACAGUCGGAACGGGAAAUUGUGCCACGUCGGGAGAAGCGAUAGUUUCUUCGAAUGAAGCGAAAAUGCUAACCGAGUCUAAAGUAGUGAAUAAACCAGCGAUUCCUACGUGGCCUUCGCAAAGUUGUGGUGUGAUUGCUUCGUCUGGAGGCUCUUCUGUGAUAGCGACAAGUUCUUACCCAGCUCUGAUAUCCGCUCCUAGUAAGGCACAAGCUUUGUUACCGUCGGUUCAGUCGUUUAGCUCAUCAAACUCAACUUUGACACAAGGUCCGGAGCUUCCUGUAGCCAUUGCACACUCUAUGCCAUCGACAACAGUAGGAUUGGAAAUUAGCGGUCGAUCUGGCAGUUACAUCAAUAGCUCACCGUUUGUGGGUAAUAUUACAAGCUCUAAAGCAGCAGCUCAUCCUUCAAAUUUCUCAGUUUCGAGCAUAUUCACAAGUAGCACGUCAACAAUAGUCACCACAAAAGAACUUUGCUCACAGGUGCCUGGCACCAAGGACGCUAUUCGAUCAGAACCAGGGAAAUCCAUUCAACCUGUUUCUCUGAACACUCCCUUAACGUACUCAACCUCCAGUAGUCAACCUAAAACCGUUCCUAGUUCGAUAGUGACGACAAUCCUGCCUAAUUAUGGCACGCGUCUUCCAAGUGCAACAAAUAAGUUGACACUAUUUCCUGAAAUUGCCAUCUCUGGGCAACGUCCAACCAAAAUCAAUACCCUCCCCAAUCCAAUACCCGCGGCAUUGCCGCAACCAACUAAUUUCCCGACGCUUUUCUCUUCUUAUCCAACAAUUGGAAAAGGGUCGUCAAGUUAUGCGACUGAAAUCCGGCCUUCAGGAGUAGUGGCAGAUGGUUCCACGGCUUACAGAGCUGGAAUUAUAGUCUCAAGUUCGACGAAAAUAUUGGAUUCUUUCAGUUUCAUAUCGACCACUCGGAACCCAGCUCCAACUUCAACAAAACCGCAUGACCCACUGCGAGCGGCGGAGCCAAAUCUGAGUCAUUUUAGACCUUCAGGGCCCAGCUCGGUCCAAUGUAGUGCUGCUGAUUCAUUUGUGGCGAAACCCAAUAGCAAAAUAUGCACUACGACUAUCACAACAUCCUUAGCUCAGACUACUUCGUUUUCAGUUACCUCUGCUGCCGCUUCCACUAUAUCAGGUUCCGCUGUUCAAGCUACGAAAUUGUCUUAUCCAACGACGGUGGGAGGAGUUCCCUCCAGUGCCCAUUUCAGUAAAACUACGACAACUGCCAUGAGUUUAUCGAAGUCGAUCGAUCCGAUAUCAACUUUCGUUUCUGUAAAUUCCUUUACACAACCUUCUUUAAAUAUCGACAACACGUUCAAACCGAUAUUCACAAAUACAUCAUUAACCGAGGUUAAAACCUCUGUCGCUGAACCCAACUCUGCCACCAGCGUUAGUAAAGUGAAUUCGUUAUUCAACUUGGACUCGAUCGUUACAGGCAAUGCUUCUUCAAAAUAUCCCGCAAGUUACACUUCCACAACGAGUUACUACUAUCCACCCAUGGUGCCGCCAAUUAGUGCUGCGUUUACUUUCAGCCUUACUUCUACUACCUCGUCUUCUAGCACAACAACGGCGAUUUCAAGUCAACAUCAAACAUAUUUCCCGCUGACCAAUGUGAACCAAAAUGCGCAAUGGUUGCCGUCUUCAACAAUGCCUGAAUACUGUCCGCCCUUCACCUUUAGUUUAACAUCAUGCACGACAACCUACACCACAUCUACCGACACAGUGAAUAGCUGUUCGUACUACAAAUCGACUCCAUCGAACAAUUCUUUUAUAAAAUCGUCUUCAGAUGCUUCACCUUUCAAUAAAGGCGCAUACCCCUAUCCUGAAGUUACCCUUCCAUCGGUGACGUACUCUUCCAGUAGCUUAACUAACAAUCCACCUUCGCGUCAAAGCAAACAUCUGAACACUCUCCCUGAAGUAAUCCCUUCAUCAACUCUCAACUCCGCCACUAAUUUCACGUUUUCGUUAGCGAAGCCUAAAGUAAGUACCACGACCGUUUCCUCAGAUCUUAUGAAACCAUUGCCAAGCUGCAACGUAACCGAAUCAAAGUACCAAUCGUACUACAACACUUAUAGCUACAGCAACUUCUCAGAUACAUAUUCUAAGGAAGCGACAAGUUUCACAUUCGCCUUAACCAAACCAAGUCAAAGCGCUUCCCUCUGUUCCGGAUCAAUGGAUUCGAGGAUCCCACAAAGGUUUACUGGCUCGUUUUCAAUUGAUGCAACAUUGGGCACCAGUACAACCUACAGUCCUCAAAAUGAACAGAAAACGCAUACAAUACCUCAACAAAACAUACAAACAACUGCCCAAAAUCCUGACUUCCGACAAACCUCUUCGAAUAUGAAUAAAUCAAACCACUUCCACCAUUCCCAAGAUGCAACCAAAAACCCUCCAAACUACUAUGGGUCGAACCAAGAAAAGCAAACUAAGACCUCGCAAAAGAGCCAUGUAAACUGGAUGACUUCAGGCCAGCACUCCGAGCUAGCGAAUUGCAAUCAACAGGCACCUUCCUAUUAUCCUUCAUAUGUGGCUCCUUCGGUUGAUUUCAAUAACAAAGGAAACUGCUUUGUACCAGGAAACCCUGAAGAUAAUCUGCCUCCUUGGUCUCCUUCCAAAAUUCUCGACACGAGCCAUUUGUUCCCAUCUAUCCCUGCGCAGCAGACCUACUACAACGAAUUGAAUCCUUUGGCAGCACCCAACAACGAAUCCAAACCAUACCCCGCACCGCAGAAGUCAUAUCCUAAACCAAUCGAGGGAAAUUUGAAAAGCACCAAACCAUGCAACAAACCUAGUAACCAAAGCCAAACAAGCUUCUUCUCCGUAAGUCAAUUAGUUGAUCAGAACGCACCCAAGACUUGCGAUACGUUUGGCAAGAAAAGCACCUCAAACAAAAUGAAGGAUUGCCUUAAAGCUCAAAAUUCUUCCAACAGCACCUUGAACUCCUCACAAAAUGUCUAUCAUAACCAGAAACCUUCAACUUUAAAUAACUAUUCAGCUGAGGCUCUCAUCUCCAAAAAAGAAAAGCAUCGAAGCCAUCCUCUUCCGCAUUCUGUGCAUCAUCUCCAUAACAACGACUACUACCCCUCUCAAAACGAUUCCUUGAACCCUUACAUGUCUCAAGAAAGUGACAACUUCAAUUACAACACAAAUUAUUUCUACAACUACAUGCCAGCGAAUCAGAAUUACAUGCAAGAUGUGGACUACUUACCGUCAUAUUCGGGUGAUACCCAACUUGGGAGAACUUCUACCUCUUUCAACAGAAAGCCUCUUCCUUCCGGGAAUUCAUAUAGAACGACUGACAAGAAGGAUCAAUCCAAUGUAGCUCCGUUGCCGAACCUAAUGCCAUAUGACUCUGCUCAUAAUGCACCAUCUAUGCCACAUCCGCUUCCUACGGUUGACACCUUUGACCCCAUUCACUAUGGAAAUAACAUUCAGCAUAGCUGGGGAGGUGCGAAAACCACAGGAGCGAGCUAUCCCAAUGCGCAAGUGGUUGCUCCUUUUGGGGAUGAAGCGAACUUGUCCGGUUGCAAUCAAGUUGGCACUGGAAGUAGUGGCAAUAAUUUGACUAAUUUCAAUUUGAGUACAAUUUGUCCUGAGAUCAGCGGAAAGGUUGGUCAUAAUAAUUGGUAGAUGCCAGAAUGAAUGGUUUUUAUUGUAAAUAAUAAUUUAUUAUUAAACUAUGUACAUAGCGUAAAUAUAUGU